CUAAACUUUUAAUCUUGUCUGCCUUUUUCUCAAAUGCUUACGUAUCCCAUGUUUGAUAUGCAGUCACAGAUUCAGCCGUUACGCUUACUAGUUCCAGAGAAUUAUCCAUCUUCCCCAAUACUUCUAGAGAAAGUCAUCUUUGAUACCGCCAGUGAUCACAAGUUUGAGGAUUUAUCCGCGAGAGCUAGAUCGAGGUUUAGUUUGUCUAUGAAGGAAGCAAUGUCACUUAAAGAAAUAGCUAAAGUUUGGGAUGAGUGUGCGAGAGCUACAAUGCUCGAGUACGCUGAACGGCAUGGUGGAGGCACUUUCAGCUCCAAGUACGGUCGUUGGGAGUCUGUGCUAGCUUAGAGCUUCAUGAGUCCUACAUACUUCUUGUAUCACUUACCGCCCUCUCCGGAUGAUGUCAAGGAUCUUGUAAAGAGGUGGAAAAUGUAAAGCCUAGGUUUUACUUAAUUGCCUUGCGUUAGAAGUAACGUCAGAUCAAAAUCUUGUUUUGGACCACCACUGUAUAAUAUGUAAGAUGCAAUCAUAUGAGAAAUUAAAACUGUACAAGUGUUUAACGCUUCUUACUCAGCAGUGUAGGACGGCCACUCUCCCAAGUUUGAGUAACAUAUAAAUUAGAUCCAAAAAAACUUCGUUAAAAAAUUGUGAAAAAAAAUCUAUACCAUGUUCCACAAGAAACUACAUCAUCAAAAGUCAUAUUCUUUAACUCCAAACAGAGUUUAGAGAUGGCAAAGCAUAAAACCCAACCGCAUGUGGUCCAAGUAUAUUAUUUUUCACAGGAGACUUUCCGGACAUGAAAACGUAUAAACUUGAAUAGAAUCUAAUUAAGUAUUAAUUGCAACUAACAUCAACUAUCUAACAAGAAACAAUCAUAAUCAUCAUCCAUGAACCAAUUAAAAAACAACCUACGCAUUAGCCAUAAUG